AUGGAGCAGUUCAAGAUGACCGGCAAGGUGGUGGUGGUGACUGGUGGCGCCGACGGUAUUGGCUACGCUGUUGCGGAGGGCAUGGCCGAGGCCAAUGCUCAUGUGGUAUUGUGGUAUAAUUCCAAUGAUGCAGCCGUUCAGAGGGCGAAUGAUCUUGGGAAGAAUCACAAUGUCAAGACAGCGGCUUACAAAGUUGAUGUUUCAAACCCUGAAGAGAUCCAAGCUACCAUAAAAUCGGUGAUCGACGACUUUGGUAGAAUUGACGUCUUUGUUGCCAAUGCAGGAAUGGCCAUCAGCAAGCCAAUUCUGGAACAGACUCUUCCCGAGUUCGAGAAGCAAAUGUCUGUGAAUGUCAACGGCGUCGUAUACUGCUCCAAGUAUGUCGGCGAAGUCUUCAAGCGCCAAGGCAACGGUGUUCUCAUCAUAACCUCGAGUAUGAGCGCACACAUUGUCAAUGUCCCGGUCGAUCAGCCUAUCUACAAUGGCACUAAAGCUUUUGUUACACAUUUCGGCAAGUCCUUGGCUCGAGAGUGGCGCGAGUUUGCCAGAGUCAAUAUCGUCUCGCCAGGCUUCUUCGAUACCAAGAUGGGAGCCGGCCCACUGGCGCUCAAUGAGGCGUAUCGGAUGUCUGUUCUCGGCAGACAAGGCCACGUUAAGGAGAUUAAAGGCUUAUAUCUGUACUUGGCGAGCGAUGCCUCCACGUAUACCACCGGAUCCGAUAUCCUUAUUGACGGUGGCUAUGUACUGCCAUAA